GACGCAAAGGACCAAAAAGAGAUGAAAAGGGAAGAGGUUCGUUAUAGAGGAGUACGUCGCCGUCCAUGGGGUAAAUAUGCCGCAGAGAUACGGGACCCUUCAAGGCGUGGUGGACGUCUAUGGCUUGGAACGUUUGAAACCGCGGAGGAUGCAGCACAUGCUUAUGAUCGAGCGGCGUUCGCAUUGAGGGGUCAUCAAGCCAUCCUUAACUUCCCAAAUCAACACUUGUUUCAUUCCUCUAAUAACUCCUCUGCUUCUGCAAUAUCUGCAUCUGGUAGUGGAGGACAGAGUUCAUCAGCUGGAACCAGAGGAGAAAGAGAUGUCAUUGAGUUUGAGUAUCUGGAUGAUAAGAUUCUGGAGGAGCUUCUCGCAGUUGAAACAGUGGAGGACACCACUUGCAAGUAA